GCGGUUGGGAGGCCGGCCCUGGCGCACCCCGCGCCCGCGCCUGCUGACAGCUGCAGCUGGGCUCGAGCUGUCCGCUCUCGGCUCCACGGCCUCCGCCCCCUCGGGCUCCCUCCCCUCCGCCUCUACUCCUCCUGCUCCGGUGCGGAUCGUUUCGCAACUGCUCGCCGCUCGCCCCGUGCCCGGCUGUUUUUCCGUUUCCCGGUCCCUCUUCUUGAGUACUUUGCCCCUGCAUUUGAGGAGAGGGGCUGGAAAGGGGGCGGGUGGAACGACCGGAGGAGAAGAAGGAAGCGAGGCCCGGAGGAGGAGGAGGAUCGGCGGACCGUAGGGAGGAGACCCCACGCCACCCUUUCUGGUUAUCUCCCCUCCCGCCCCGCCCCUGCGCAUACUCCCUCGCCGGCGAGCUACUUUCGGACGAGGAAAGUGAGGGCGGCCCUGGGUGACAGCGCCGCGGGACUAGUCCUGGGGAAGCCGCGCGUCUGCUCGCGUCUUGUCCGCCGCGCUCCCAGCCAGGGGUACAGCCCGGACCGAGGAUGGCUUCGACUACAACCUGUACCAGGUUCACGGACGAGUAUCAGCUUUUCGAGGAGCUCGGAAAGGGGGCAUUCUCAGUGGUGAGAAGAUGUAUGAAAAUCCCUACUGGACAAGAAUAUGCUGCCAAAAUUAUCAACACCAAAAAGCUUUCUGCUAGGGAUCAUCAGAAACUGGAAAGGGAAGCUAGAAUCUGCCGUCUUUUGAAGCACCCCAAUAUUGUGCGACUUCACGACAGCAUAUCGGAAGAGGGCUUCCAUUACUUGGUGUUUGAUUUAGUUACUGGAGGUGAACUGUUUGAAGACAUAGUGGCGAGAGAAUAUUACAGUGAAGCCGACGCCAGUCAUUGUAUACAGCAGAUUCUAGAAAGUGUAAAUCAUUGUCACCUAAAUGGCAUAGUUCACAGGGACCUGAAGCCUGAGAAUUUGCUUUUAGCUAGCAAAUCCAAGGGAGCAGCUGUGAAACUGGCAGACUUUGGCUUAGCCAUAGAAGUUCAAGGAGACCAGCAGGCGUGGUUUGGUUUUGCUGGCACACCUGGAUAUCUUUCUCCAGAAGUUUUACGCAAAGAUCCUUAUGGAAAGCCAGUGGAUAUGUGGGCGUGUGGGGUCAUUCUCUACAUUCUACUGGUUGGAUAUCCACCCUUCUGGGAUGAAGACCAGCACAGACUCUAUCAGCAGAUCAAGGCUGGAGCUUAUGAUUUUCCAUCACCAGAGUGGGACACAGUGACUCCUGAAGCCAAAGACCUCAUCAAUAAAAUGCUUACUAUCAACCCUGCCAAGCGUAUCACAGCCUCGGAGGCACUGAAACACCCAUGGAUCUGUCAACGUUCUACUGUUGCUUCCAUGAUGCACAGACAGGAGACUGUUGACUGCUUGAAGAAAUUCAAUGCCAGAAGAAAACUGAAGGGUGCCAUCUUGACGACUAUGCUGGCUACCAGGAACUUUUCAGCAGCCAAGAGUUUGUUGAAGAAACCAGAUGGAGUAAAGAAAAGGAAGUCCAGUUCGAGUGUUCAGAUGAUGAUAAACAACAAAGCCAACGUGGUAACCAGCCCCAAAGAAAAUAUUCCUACCCCGGCGCUGGAGCCCCAAACUACUGUAAUCCACAACCCUGAUGGAAACAAGGAGUCAACUGAGAGUUCAAAUACAACAAUUGAGGAUGAAGAUGUGAAAGCACGAAAGCAAGAGAUUAUCAAAGUUACUGAACAACUCAUUGAAGCUAUCAACAGUGGGGACUUUGAAGCUUACACGAAAAUCUGUGACCCAGGCCUUACUGCUUUUGAACCUGAAGCUUUGGGUAAUUUAGUGGAAGGGAUGGACUUUCAUCGAUUCUACUUUGAGAAUGCUUUGUCCAAAAACAAUAAACCAAUCCACACUAUUAUCCUGAACCCCCACGUACAUCUGGUAGGCGAUGACGCUGCCUGCAUAGCAUACAUUAGGCUCACGCAGUACAUGGAUGGCAGCGGAAUGCCAAAAACAACGCAGUCAGAAGAGACACGUGUGUGGCACCGCCGGGAUGGCAAGUGGCAGAAUGUUCAUUUUCAUCGCUCGGGGUCGCGAACAGUACCCAUCAAGUAAAUAUUUCCAGGCUGUCAGCUUCUUUGUUAAUAUACCCCUGCUAAGUAUCAACAGUGCCACUUCUGCAUUCUCUGUUCUCACCUGGAUGGUAACCCUGGGCCGUCCUCUCCUCCUCUUCAUGCAUGUUUCUGAGUGCAUGAAGUUGUGAAGGUCCUACGUGUAAUGCAUAUGUGAUGCAUCAUCUUGUCAUAUAUUCCUUCCUAUACAUUGUUUACACUUCAACUAUGGAGAUGUUCCAUGCAAACUUCAAUCACUGUUGGCAAACAAUAGGGGGAGGUCAGACAAAAAAAAUUCCACAAUACUCCAAGUACAAACCUAUUCAGCCAGUUUCUCUGCUUAUGCCAAGACUUAACAGACUUCAAAAUUAUCGUUCAUUGAAUGACAGUUUGUAACAGAAAUGUAAGUUUUUAAAAAUUCUUUGCUGUUCAUCUGUUUUAGCUUUUUUGUUUAACAAAAAAAGGCAAAAAAAAAUUACCUUCAGUUUCCUGGUGUGAUCCUGGUUGAAAUGGAUGAUUUUUCACUGAAAGUUGUGUUGCUGUUUAACAAUUAAAUGGGUUGAUAUGUGGGCAGAAUCACUUAUGAAUGUGGAAGCGAGAAUCGGUGGGUUUGCUACUACCUAAAGUCAUGUCUUUUUUGGUCAAACUGUGUAAACUGGAAAAACUCACGUCAUUGACGAGUUUGAUCACUUUAGGGUAUACUUGCACUGUUCUGGUGAAAUUUGCUGAAUUGAAUUUUUUGUUCAUUUCUCAAACCUGUGCUCUUUUUUCUUCAUUUUCUCCUAUUUCUUUAUUACUUUUGUUUGCUUCCUUUAUAUUUUUCUGUUUUUCAUUCUUUACUUUUUUCUCUUUUUGUCUAGUAGUGUGAGAAAAGUGAAAUUUGCAUAAUGAAGGUAAAAUAAAAACUGAGGCCUUUUGGAGGUGGCUAAACCAGUGCUUUGAUCAUCUUCUGGGCCCAUAAAAAUGAUGUCAAGAAGAUUUCAAAAGUUUGUAAUUCUGCUCGAGUUGGGACGUAGGGAUCCUAUGUUGGAGGUAUUAGAAUUGUUUGUUUAAACUUAUAAUAAAAGCAAGUAGGUUCCUACUGUACCUGCGCCACGUCUUACUGAUUGGUGCAGUUGCCAGGAGAGUACCAAGCUGGUCGUGGGUCAGGAUUCUGUGCAAAGGCACUUCCUUCUGCCUUGCGGGAUGCACACCUCCUGUGUCAUCACUGGCUAGUUUUCUGAAGUUAGAGAGGACUGCAGGUGUUUUCCAUUCUCCUAAGUGUUUGUUUGUUUUGAACUCUGUCUCUGUGACUUGUGCUUUUGUAGCUUCUCUCAUAUGUCAGAAUAACAUUAUCUUCCUUCCAGGAGUUAGCAUUUUCCUAUUUAAAAAAAAGGGGGCGGGAGGGAUUGUCCCUGUUUUCUUUGUGCUUCUCAUUUCUCCUUUGUUUGUUUAUUCAAUUCCUGUGGGGCUUUUUCUCCUCCCUGAAAUGCUUUAUAGUGCAUGGUAUCUUCAUCAACGUUAUUUUAACAAUAGUAAUUCACAAUCCUCAGAAGCCUAUUUUUAAAGCAGAAGCAAAAAAAAAUAAACAAAAAAAUCAACCCUCCCUCUUUUCUCUCAUUUCACCUUUCUGUGUUGAUUACUAAUCACCUUAGAUAUUGUUGCUAGUGGAUGUAUGGUAGAUGGAUUGAAGCUUUUCUGAUAAUUAUUACACGAUUUAAAACAAUAUAUAUUUAAAAUAAAAUAAAUAUAUACAGUAAAUGUAUUGAGCCAUGUUAACCUGCCAAUGAGAUCUGUGAAAAAGUAAUGGCCUCAUUUUUCCCUUUUUAAUUUCUUUUACCUUUUUGUGCAGCAGCUAUACGUGGCAUACAUGUAUUUUUUUUUAAAAAUAGGUAUAGGGUGGUUUUUUUUUUUUUUUUUUUUUUUUUUUACACUUCUAGCAUGUGGUGUUGAAGUAUUACUGUAGAUCAAGUUUGUCUUCCGCACUAAGACGUGAGGAAAUUGUGAUUUGUUCUCUCCACCACAAACUAAUUACACAUUUAUUAAUUAUCUUCUCUCAUUUUGAAACACUGCAGUUUACCAUGGGACACUGUAUAUAUUUCUUGCCGUAAUGGUAAAUGACUGAUUGAUAUAUUUAAGAGUUAAUAAAUUUGUGAUU